AUGGCCCAUCUCUCUAGGGUGAAACCACACCGACAACGAGAGAAAAAACUGCAGAUUGGUGUAAUGGAUCUAUAUAAGUUGGUAAAAGUAGCAACAUACAGUGGGAUCACAGUUGUGGGUGUAGCUGGAAACAGUAUGAUUCUGGUGGUCUUUGCAAUUAUUACCUAUCAAGAGCACAAAUUAGUUGGUUCAGAGCUCAUCUUAAGCCACCUCUCUCUGGCCAACCUUCUUGGGUAUCUAACCAGGAUCUUCCCCACAAUUCUCUUUGAGAUGGGCGUCAAAGGCUAUAUUAAUGAUGCUGGGUGCAAAUUGACGUCAGCAAUCUUCAGAGUUUUUCGUGGUAUGGCCAUCAGCCUUACCUGUUUACUCAGCUGCUUCCAAGGUGUUAUCCUCAGCUCAUCUGGCACGAGUUCUUCUAUGAAAACCAGAAUCCAAGAAGGAAUGUCAGCUGCUAUUGGUUUCCUCUAUGUGAUGAAUAUAACUGUUAACACACCAUUUGCGCUGUAUGCUACACCAAUAUUCAAUACUACUGGUAUAAAAUAUGUCUAUGGACCUGGUUACUGUAUUGUAGUAUACCCAGACAAGGUCUCCUUUGAAGCCUCAGGCUUUGUGAGUUUUGCUCUUGACUUAGUUUUGGUUGUCCUCAUGGUUCUAGCAAGUAGCUACAUCCUGUGGAUCCUUCAUCGACACAGCAAACAAGUUAAGGGGCUCCGUAGCUCCAGUUCAAAUAAAAGAGGGCCAUCAGCUGAAACUCAGGCAGCACGAGCUGUGGUGACUCUGGUGACAUUUUAUGUCACAUUGUAUGGAAUAGACAAUACUAUUUGGUUGUAUCAAACUGUAUCUACCCACCUCCUUGCACUAGUGACAGAUAUAAGGGUGAAACGUAAAGUUAAUGAAAGUCAACGACAAGAUGAACUAACUUCACAAAUUAUCAUUUUGCCUCUCCCAUUGUCUUCAAUGAGAGUUGACAAUGACCUUCUGUCGCUGUACUUUAGUGAGCAUAAAUUGAAAAUCUGA